GGUUAAUGUAGCUACAAAAUACGGUUUCUUACUAUUUGUGGAUAUUAGCCACAAAAUAUCAUUUGUGGCUAGGUUGUAGAACUCCCGCCGCAAAUAGCCACAAACGACCGAUAUCCACAAGCUUAUGGCUGCAAAAGUUGCCACAAAAAUAGCCACGAAAAGCUACUGAAUUUAGGUCAUAGCCACAAAAACAAUUGUGGCUAUAGACAGUUUUUCUUGUAGUGGUAAUUAAAAAAAAAGAUGAUGAUUUUAAUAAUCUUUUUGAUUCAAUUUUAAUAUUUAAAUUAGAAAAUUAUAGAAGAUAUAGAAAUUAUUAUUUUUACUAAACAUUUUUCAUUUUAUAACAGAAAAUAUUUAUGUAUUUAGUAAGCUAAUUAAAAAAUAAUAAUCAUAAACACCCGCACUAUUCAUAAAGUCUAUAGUUGACGUAAAGAGAAAGGGAGAGGAAAAACUUGAAUCUUCCAUCGAAACAAUGAAUCCUUUUGGUAGUUUCACGAAAGAGAGGAGGAAUGGCCCAAAAGCGCCAGAUACACUGAGCUUCCCAUUGGAGGGGAGGAACUUACGCAUGGUUGCAGUAUCCACGACGUCCCCGGCGGCUGCGAUUCCGAACUCACCUCUUGCGGCGCUUCAGUCACCAUCCUCUCCUCCUCCGCCGGCAAGACCGUCAACCUUACGCAUGGUUGCAUUCUCCACGUCCCCGGCGAUUCCGAACUCACCUCUUGCGGCGCUUCCUAAACAGUACGUCGCCAUCGUCUCCUCCUCCGAACUCGCCACCGUCAACCUUGUUCCUGAUGACCAUUACCUUUGUUGGUUUAGUUCUUGCGCCCCUUCUGUCGCGUAGCGACUGAGAGAGAUGUCUUCUCUUUUCUUUUAUUUAUCUUUCUCUUUCUGUUUCUCUUUUCUUUCUUUCUUUCUUUCUUUCUUUCUUUCUGCGAUAUGAUCGGUAAAGUUAUUGUCUUGUUAUGGUGGAGUAAUACUCACCCCAAUGGGUUUCUUCUUGCUGCAACAUACUACCGUGAAGCCAUGGGGAUCUUUCUUGUGUCUCACGUCAGUCACCAAUGAAUCAUUUUUCAACAGUGCAGAAUAUAAUAAGGAAUUGGAUCCGUAACUUUGAGCAUCACGCUUCUGAUAAAUGUCAACAAGAUUCUAGUGGGGAACAAGAGUGCCAAGGCUAUAACCUACACGUUGAGGAAGCUUUCUUUUCAAUUGGUAAAGACAUUAAGCAAAGACUUGCAGUUUACUCCAUCAUAGAGAGUCUUACAAUCGCUUUGUAUGAUCAGACGAGCAACUUUAUGAAACUAUUUGAAAUGCUAUUUUGAGUUCAGUUUUCCCGUAUUACUGUUUUAAUGUGCAUAACAUGGAGUUCUGAAUGAGAAAGUACCCAAGUUUGAUACUCUUGUACUAUGUUCUACCUCUUUCUGUUCAGUUACUUAAAGCUACAUAUAUGAACUUCUCAUAACGUUUCUAAAAAUAUCUCAUACCAAUUCUGCCGACUUUAUUAUAAAUGUCCAUGUGCAGUGAAUAUACACUUGUUUUCUUAGCAGUUUCAUGAGAACAUAACGUUUGUAUUUAUAUGCGUUUAGUCUACAACUCUGCACUUUUUGACUUUUCAACUUCACUUUUGUUUGAACCGAGAUAUGUCGAUAAACCAGUGAAAAAAAAGACGAGAACUCGUCGGUGGUCGAGACAAAAGCAUUUAUUAGAUCAGAGAAUCGUUCGGUCGAUUUACAAAAGAGGAAAGAAACGGUGGAAACUAAGCCGGCGAAAGUUAAUUCGUCGGAAGGUACAAAUCGGCGAGAGAAAGAUGUAAAACCCUAAUUCUAGCAGAAAAUAAGUGUGUGGUGAUUUGCGGAUCUCCUUCUCGUUGCCUCUUGCCUCCCUUAUAUAGGCGACCAGUCGACGACCUAAUUUGCCUCCGCUCAACGGGCUUUCUGCUCAUUGGGCCGAACUAUCGGGCCGUCUCGUCAAGCCGUCGAGUCAACUGCUUGCAGUCGCUCGUUUCGUCGACUAAAAGCAGUCUCGAGUCGAGCCGAUCGGUAGUCCGCGAGCCGACAAGCAGAAUCCUCUCUAAACGGUUAUGGGCCAGUUCAGCUAUUAUGUGGGCCUUGGUGGAGGGUCAGAUCCAUACCCAACAGUAAGUCCCCCCAGUUCACUGGUGAGUAGCGUAGCCGACCAAGUGAAUUUGGAAAUAAGGUCUGAUGGAUAGUUGUUUUGGAGUCGUCCUUCCGAAUGUUUCUCGGCUAGGCUCGUUGCACGUCUCCUUGUGACUGAUUGCUGCACACUGCGCUUGAGCGUCGAAUCGUCGAGGUUCGUCGGUUGGAUAAACUGACGUUUUUUUCCCGUUUUGACCGUAAACACCGGUUUUGUCUAAACCGGUUCCGGUUCUCCUCGAAAAGUCAAAGCGUCGCGCGACUGCGUUGAUCUCCACAUGCUUUAAUGGGCCCAUCUAGGCCCGUUUGGAUCUAAUGAUGAUGCCUCGGGGAGGUGCGACCCCCUUUUCUUAUAAAUACCCCUCUCGCCUCUCAUUAUUUUCAUUCGGUACUUUCUCUCUCCUUCCCUCUACUCUCUCUCUAGCUUUUUAGUCGUAGAUCUUAGGAAUCGCGUGUAUCGUUCUUCGUCAAUCGUUAUGUCGUUGGGCGGAAGAUUGUCUAGAGAACAGAAAGGGAAAAUUGUGGCGACCGAGACGAGUCAUGCGCGAGAUGUGGCCGGAAAUCCUCUCUCCGAACUCGAGGCGAUUCACCGCGAGGCCAUGAUGGACACGGUGAAUAUGGAAACGUCUCAGUGGUUUCUAGUUGUCGAGUCGGCGAGACAGCUUCGUGAAGAAAGAGCAACCGCUGCGUUUUCUGCUCAAGACUGUGCGAGAGACGGUCGAAGUGGAGCGAGCGACGGAGAAGUUUCUCUCCCUGAUUUUGUUCCGACUUGCUACCAUCCUGGAGGGAUUUUCGAAGAGCUCACGGCUUUAGCGCAUGAAUUGAUGCGUUCUCCGACUGUAGAGGGGCAAUCAUGGGAUAACGUUGAAGAGACUCGCUCGACUCCGAGUAGCGUGAAGAUUCUGCUAAGGGAAUGUCGUGGAGUCGGAGUAACCUUCCUCAUUCCCACGAAAGCCCAAAUACCAUGGUCUCCGCUGAUGGGAUUCCAAUGCGUGUAUGAGUCGUAUUUUCAGGACGAGACGAAGCUUUGGUUCCCGCUUCCUCGACUCAUUGCGUCCUUCGCGAGACGUCUCGACGCAGCAAUCUCUCAGUUUUUAAACGGUUCACUUUGUCUUGCGGUCGCGAUGAUGGUCAUGGCCGCGGAGAUCGACGUGUCGAUGAGCGUUCGAGCUUUCGAAGAGUUGACAUACCUCAAGUCGAUGGGGGAGGGAUUAUUUUCAAUCUAUAUGAGGCUGAACUACAAUGUGAUUGCUGGGCAUCCCAACAAGACGCCGCACUGGCAGCGUUUCUACUUCUACGUCAAGUCGGACGAAAUUGCUUUCGAAGAUCCGCCCGGUGAUGCCUUUCGAUUUUUAUGGAAUCCUGAACUCGGUAGAGCGCUGUUGAUAACUCGUUAUUGUUUUUCUCCUCGUUCUUAUCAGUUUUCAUCUUUCGUUGCAGUUGAUCACCCGGACACAGCUGUGUAUCCCGAAGAAUUCAUAGCGAACGCUUGCGCCGUCGCAUUGCUUGUUCAGGAAAUUUGGGAGAACAUCACCUUGGAGAGGAUUCGACUAGUCAUCGAUAAGAUUUCGAGAAGUAAGUCUCUUAAAUCCCUUUGUGUGUACACGUUACCUCGUUUUCUUACCUUCUUUUUGUCGUGGCCUUAUAUGUCGGUUUUCGCAGGGGAUUGGAGAUCUGAUCUUCUGUCGUUAGUGGUUGGCAAUAAACGACGAUUUUCUCUAUUCACCAAAGCGGAGCAGAAAGAGAUCAACGCGGCCAGAAGAAUGAAGGCUCUACCUGACUUGAGUGCGAUCAUUGGGAAACGACUGGGCGAUUCAUCGGGUAACGAGCCGACCGGGACUUUUGAUGGGGCGACUCGUGGAAAAAAUUCCUAUGCUAAUACUCAGCCAGCAUCGGUUCCUGUUCCCGUCGAUGUCGAGCCUUCGAGGGAAGACUCGGCGCCAGAAGCUGAUAAACCGGUGAAGGCUAAGAAGAAAGGAAAGAAGAGGUCUGCUCCUGGUCCGUCCGUCGCUGCAACUCAAGAGGGCUCAUCGGAGGCCGCUACUGAGGUUAGGUCGGACGAGCCUCCAAAAAAGAAGAAGAAGAAGAAGUCUGUGGAGAAAGAGCCGGAGCUUGGCGAAGGCACAGAGGGUCGGGAGAUCGUUGUUCACGAUGGUCCUAGUCAUGCUACCGUGGCUCAGACUGAUGAUGGGUUGAGCGGUUCUCUGGUUACUCCUUUGGAAAGGAACAGGAAGAAACCAUCUAUCGAGCAGAACGUGCCAGCCUCUAGUUAACAAGGUCAUUCUAAGGCGCCUGAGGAGAGAGAUGCCUGGGAGUAGCUCCGCUCGGGAGAGGCGUCAAGUCGAAUUUCCUGAUCACGUGGAAUUCAUGUACGAAGGCGAUACACCGCUCUCUUACGCGCCGGAGGAAUGUGCUGAGCUAGACCGUCAGAUCCGAGGUGCUGCGAACGAUAUGCGGUCAGUUAAGGAUCUGAUUUUCAAGGAUGUCUACAUCAAUGCAGCGAGGACCAAGGUUUUGGUAAGGGUUGUCACUUUCUUUAAUUUUCGUCGUAUGUAUAAUUUCUAUCUGAACCUAACUUUGAUUUGCGUUUGCGCAGUACGAUGGAAGCAUGAACUACAUCAUCGAGAAGUACGACUUUGCCUUGAAAUAAACUCUCGCCAAGCUGAAGAAAGCCGAGAAGCUUGCGCGGGUGGAGGAUGCGGCCCAUACUCGUAAAACGGGUGAGUUUAAGACGGUCAUUGAUCAAGCCGUAGAGGAGUGGAGUCGGUUACUCGCGGAGAAGACAGCCCAAAAGGCGAAGUUCAUGGACAAGUUCAUGGAACUGAAGGGCAAAUUCAAGACUGCCGGUGAGAAGAUUAAGGGACUCGAGUGAGAGAAAGCCGUCUUAGAGGAAGAGAAGGCCGCAUUGGAGGAGGAGAAGAAAACUGCAUCUCUCAGACAUGUCCGUGAGGUGAAUCGACUGAAGGACUCUCAGAGCUUCUAGGUCACUCACGAACGAGUGAGAGUUCAGACGGCGAUGAUUGCAAAGUGCAAUUACCGUUUCAACAAUAUCCACAGUCGGUAAGCUCGUCGUGAAGAUUUUGACAAUGCUCGUCUUCUCUACAGCCAAGCCUUUGGUAUGAGGAAAUGUCUUGAGAUGCUAAAGGCGAAUGGGC